UGGAGGUGGAUAUAGUUAGAAAAGUUUAAACGGGUACGAGCUUCGCUACGCCGACGACGACGACGUGGUAGUGGUAGUGGAGGAGGAAGAUUAAAGAGUAAACCAGUGAGUAUAGAAAUAAGUUUGUGUUGUAUACUGAGAAAAAGAGGGUCUCGAGACACGGAGAAAUAACGAAGACGACAGGUCGGCACGAUCGAGCACACGCGGAGCGGUGCAGUUGAGACCCGAUACUCCGGUAGUGCGUGUGUGUUCUGUUUUUUUUUAUUGUUAAUUACACAUUUACUUGUUCAUAAAACAUAAAAUAGUAUUUAAAACGUGAUUGGUUUGUAAUACUGUUUGUUAUAACAAUUGUUUUAUCAUAAACUAGACAACCCGGUGUCACUGUUGCAGAACGUGGCGGUUUAUUUAGUCAAAAAUAAUUAAAGAAGAAGAGGAAGAAGAAAUAGUUGUGAAAAUAAAAAAUAUUUGGAGUAUUUUUUUUUUUUUUUCGUCAACAAGAGGCGCGAGCGAGGGACUUGUGCCCUCGGUCUCUUGUCUCUGACACAACGAUUCCGUCCGUUUUACUCGCGAAUCGCGAAGAAAAAAUACAAGAGAGAAUAAGUUAUAAAAAAACGAGCCAACUGAAAGAAAGAGAGAUAGAUAAAGAUAAAGUUUACGUAUCAAACGAGGAUAGACCACACGCGCGCCGGACGUGUUAUUUGCGCACCAACGACUACAUAUCCAAGAGACUAUAUACGUAAUCGUCGGCUAGUAUUAAAACAUACAUAUAUAUAGAUAUAUAUAUAUAUAUAUAUACAUAUACACAAGUGACAAUACACGGUGGAUUUUAAAUUUAAAGCAAUAUAAUUUAUUUCUUGGUUUAAUUUCUCUGUAGAGAAAUUUUAAAUAAAUCGUGAUUUUGACGUUAACGUAAACAGCAAAUAUGUGUGAUACUACCAAUCCAACCACUCAGAGUAUUGCGGACUAUCUGUCACAAUUAUUGAAAGACAGAAAACAACUUGCGGCAUUUCCAAAUGUCUUUAUACAUGUCGAACGGCUUCUAGAUGAAGAAAUUGCAAAAGUACGAGCAAGUUUAUUUCAAAUAAGUGGUGUCAAGAAAGAGCCACUGACAUUACCAGAGCCAGAAGGAGAUAUUAUUACACUCACAGAAAAAGUUUAUGUACCAGUAAAAGAACAUCCAGAUUUCAAUUUCGUUGGAAGGAUUUUGGGCCCACGUGGUAUGACAGCCAAACAGCUGGAGCAAGAGACAGGAUGUAAAAUAAUGGUCCGCGGAAAAGGCUCCAUGAGGGAUAAGAAAAAGGAGGAGCAAAAUCGAGGCAAGCCAAACUGGGAACACUUGACGGAUGAGUUGCACGUGUUGCUGACGGUCGAGGACACUGAAAACCGUGCGACACUUAAACUUGCCCGUGCUGUUGAGGAAGUUAAAAAGCUUCUAGUGCCCGUGCAGGCUGAAGGGGAGGACGAAUUAAAGAAGAGACAAUUGAUGGAGCUUGCAAUAAUAAACGGCACUUAUCGAGAUUCAAAUACAAAAGUUGCAGCAGCAGCAGCGUUUGACAUUGCAGCGUGUGACGAAGAGUGGAGACGUGUCGCAGCAGCAGCUGCUGAAACUCAACGUCUUCUUCCUGGUUUAGGAUCGCAAAUGAGAUCACCAAAUGCACCACUAGGUGCUCCGUUAAUAUUAUCACCGAGAAUAUCCGUCCCGACAACAGCAGCCUCACUAUUAAAUGGUUCAGGGCCACCAGGAUCAAUAUUAUCUGCUGGUGAUCCACAUGGUUUAAUUUACACACCUUACGCUGAUUACGCAAACUACGCGGCAUUGGCAGCAUCACCUCUUCUCACCGAGUACGCUGACCAUUCUGGUGCAGCAGCCGCUGCAAAGCAGCGUAGGCACCUUGGUCAAAUUCGCGAGCACCCUUAUCAAAGGGCAGGCGCUCUCUCGUGAAUACUGAGCACAGAGUCGCGCCUACCGCGGGAAAGGCUUGGAGUGCUAACAAUGGAAUCCACUCGCCCCGUGCUAACACCUGGACUCUGGACACAGCAUCCGCGUAAUGGUUCGCCACCCAGCUGAGAGUAUUCGCCGUCCACGCGUCACCAGCCCUCUUCGUUCAAGCUUAUCCAUCCUGUCUCCUAAAGAUAAUUUAUAUAUUUUUUAAUCAAAUAUAUAUAUGGUUUUAUUGUUUCAAACUUAUUCAAUAGAUCGAUCAAUCGAUCAAUCAAUAAUUUGAAAUUAAAAAAAAAAUAAUGCAUAUAUUUAAUAUUCAUUAUUUUUUUGGUACCAAUUAAUUAUUUUGCUCCGAAUUAUCAGAAUCAUAUUUAAAUCAUUAGGUCGUGUAAAUACGACCUAGAGUACUUAUAUAUAAAUAAAAAACGGCAGCAAGUUGAUAAUUUGUUUAAAUAUUAACAAUAAUUGAAAGAAUAAUUACGUCAAGAAGUACAAGUUUUAAAUCGGCUCGAGUUCAUAAUCUUCAUACCAUUCAAGUCUUGAUGUGGAUAAGCUACACUUCAACUGGGUAUAUGGCGUCUACAAUAUCUUUUUCUUAUAUUUUUUCUUUAUAUAUAUAUUUAUAUAUCGCGUUACUAAUUACAAAGGGCCUUAUAUUUUUUUACGACCUUUCGGUUUCAGAAAGAUCUCUUAAGCCCAAGGGCGUAUAAUUUUUUUUUCAUUGCCAAUUUUUUUCUAGACUUAUUUAAUGGCCAAAAAUUUUUAGCUUUAAAAUAAGUUGACAAUAUGAUCAGCAAUUAAAAAAAAUUACACUCCCUUUGGGUUUUAAGCUUAGCGACUACUGCCAAAAGAUAUUAUAUAAUUUUUUUUUCAUUACCAAUUUUUUUGUAAUGAUACUCAUGUUAGCCGACGUCUAAUAAUUUUUGGAUUUCUUUCAAAACGAUGAAAUAAAAAAAAAAAUAUUUGAAAAAAUUGCACUUAUAGUUUUUAAAAUUUUCUACAUGUGCAUAUUUUUAUUUUUUUUUUUUUUUCUUAUAAUCGUUUUGUUGAAUAAAAAUUUUGGGUUUUAAACUUAGAGACCAAAACCAGAAGUGCAUAUAAAAAUAUGUCCUUUUGGAAUUAGUGACGCAAUAUAUAUAUAAAUAUAUAAUAUUUACACAUAAUUAAGUUUUAUAUAGAUAAUAAAUAUAUUACCAAUUUUUGCGUAUAUAAAUUACAAAGACGAUUAAGAGAGGUAUUAAUAAAAUUAGCCAGUGCUAUUUUUAUUAAUUCAUUAAUAUUAUCAUUAUCGUAACUAUAAUUAAUAAAAUAUAAAAUCUAUUUGUCAAUAAAUCUAUUUGAGGAUAGAUCAGCAAUAUGGCUGAGGUAAAAAGUGCAAUAUUGUUUAAAAACUCACAAAGAAAUAUCCAUUUCUUUCACUUGAGUUUUCUCUCAAUAAUUUUGUUAUUAUAAUUAUAUUUAGAUGUUUAUUUUAUUCAAUCAUUUAUUACUAUUAAUUUAAAUAUAAAUGAUAUUCUCUGAUUAGUUUUGUCUUUUAAAAGUCUAGUGGAAUUGUUUUUCAUAAUUGAAUAGAUAAAUAAAUUAAUUAUCGUGUGAAAUUCGACGUACGUUUUGUGAAGUAUUUUAUAAAAUGAAUAAAUUUCGAUAUUAAAUAAAAUAAUUGAAUAAAAUGAACAAUAAAUAUAUAAGGAAAGAUCUGUUGUUAGUAUUUAUGACAGUUAUCAUCACGAUUUUAUUUUAAUUGCUUAUUAUUGCGAGCAAAAAAUCAAUCUGUUGUUAUCAUUUAUUGCAAUACGAGAAUUAUUAAUCAUAAAUUUAAUAGAAUAUAUUCAUAUAUAUGAUACUGAAAGUAGUAGACAUUAAUCAUUUUUUUAUUUUAAAUAAAAAUAUAAAAUACUUAGAGGAAAAAAUUUUAAAAUGCGUCUAUAAGAAUUUCAAAAAUUUAUUUGUAUAAAUUAUAAAUAAAAAAAAUAAAUAAUGCAUUUUUUGAAAUUUAAUUUACACUACAUCCGUUUAUUUAAAAAUUACAAUAAUUUUCAAAUGUUUGCUACAUUUAUGAUUGUUAAUUACAAUUAGAUAUAUACAAUUAAAAAUUGUAUCAUUAUACAAUUGAAUGUAAUUUCUGUACAUAUUAAUUUCAAUAUAAAUUAUUUAUUUAUAGACGUUUUUUUAUAAAAAUGAUUAAAUAUUGACGAUUUAUUAU